AAAAUAUCACGGGGACACAUAUCAUCUCAUUGCCAAGAACUGCAAUCAUUUCAGUGAUGAUGUAUGUAUGUGUCUAACUGGAAAACCUAUUCCAGGAUGGGUGAACCGACUUGCUAGAUUAGUUUCAGGUUCUUUUUGCAAUUGUCUGCUACCGGAAAGUAUUCAGCUUACAACAGUCAGGCAUUUGCCAGACCGUCCUUACUUUGAUGGGUCAGAUUCAUUUGCCUCAUCGGCUAUGGAUGAGAGUGAUGAUGAACAGCUAGAUCAUCACUUGUUAAUGACUCCCCCUGAGGGCGACCAAACGCAUUCAAGAGCUCGAUCACCGAGGCUUGCUAGCGAUUCCUUGUGACCUUUCGUACUUUUAAGCUCUUUGUUUUUUUUCCUUUUUUGGUUUGAUGACUGAACUUCCGAAUGGUCCUUCAGACCAUAGGUAUCAUACCUCCGGGCGUGGCUAUAGGAGCACCCUCCAACGCACGGACUUGGGUAUUCCAGGAAAUUAAACUCCUGUGGUGCUUCCUAAGACAGUCCAACUUGAAACAUUGGAGUACUACUCAUAAGCACCGUACCAACUCUGCUAGGCCCUCGUGGGUUAAACUCUUGUGUUUUCUGCGUGUUAAAUCUUGUGUCAUAAUACCCGAUUGUAUAAUUCUGUAUCAUUCCAUGUAUCUUGCUUUGCUACUUCCACCGACAACCCGAUACCUGUACUAAUGUGUCUAAAUAAAGCCUAUCAUGGUUCAAUUCCGCAGUUUUCAUCGUCAUGAAUUUCUGUGAGAUCAGCUUUUGGCUGUCCGUGGACUCAUUUUCCUUCUGAAGAUUUAUUUGUCCAUGCAUUUGUACACCAAUUUGAAUUGCAUUUGGUUGUUAACUACCUCCUAUUUUCCCCUUAAUUAUAUGUAUAUUUGGAGAAGAAAGCUAUAUAGGGCAAUACGUUAUCCACAACACGACUAUUUGGUGAUUUCUUUCCCAAAAUAAUUAAAACCAUAAUCCGUUCACAUCACAUGACGUCAGCAAAGAAAGAGACCUGUAGGCUUCUUCCACUCUUCAACAACCACGUAAUUGGCAACCCCCAUCAACUUCUAAUCAGCGUCCCGUCACCGCGCCGGUGAGAUUAACCUCCCAAAUUCCUCCGCUAGCUAGAAUAUUCAUUCCCAUGAUAAGGGCUAGAAGUUGCGUACGUCACACAGCCUCCCUCCCUCUCUCUCUUAACCAAUUCCGUUCCUUUUUUUUUCUCUUGGAAAACGCGACCGCGACAAAAUUCUCCCAGCAAAAGUAGGGAACCCUAGAUUCCCGUGAAAAUGGCGACGCCGACGCUGAAGCUCGCCGUCGCUGUUGUAGUCGUGUUCGUCUCCGCGCCGAUUUCGUCCUCGAUUCCCUUCAUUGUUUUGCAUGGAAUUGGGGAUCAGUGCAAGAAUCGGGGGAUGACGCAGUUUACGGAGCUUCUCAGCAAGUACGCUGGAGUUGAGGGGCAGUGUUUAGAAAUUGGUGAUGGAACAAUGGACUCUUGGUUUAUGCCCUUGCAAGAACAGACUGAUAUAGCCUGUGAAAAGGUAAAGAAAAUGAAAGAACUAAGUGGAGGCUACAACAUUGUUGGACUUUCUCAGGGUAACUUGAUAGCUCGUGGGAUAAUUGAGUUCUGUGAUGGUGGACCUCCUGUUAAAAAUUUCGUUUCACUUGGAGGCCCUCACGCCGGGACUGCAUCUGUGCCACUUUGUGGAACAGGGAUCUUAUGCAUAAUUGCAGAUGCGCUCAUUAAAGCAGAAAUUUACUCUGAUUAUGUGCAGGCUCGCCUUGCUCCAAGUGGUUAUCUCAAGAUUCCUACGGAUAUCCCGGAUUAUAUGGAAGGGUGCAGGUUUCUCCCGAGGCUUAACAAUGAGUAUCCUAAUGAGAGAAACUCGACUUAUAAGGAAAGGCUUGAAAGCUUACAGAAUUUGGUACUAAUCAUGUUUGAUCGUGACACAGUCUUGAUUCCUCGAGAGACUUCAUGGUUUGGGUAUUACCCAGAUGGUGCCUUUAGUCCAGUUCUGCCUCCGCAGCAGACUGCUCUAUACAUUGAGGAUUGGAUAGGCCUGAAGACUUUGGAUGAUGCUGGACGAGUGAAGUAUCUGACUGUGCCCGGAAGGCACCUGGGAAUUGCAAGAGAUGACAUGAAAAAGUAUGUUGUGCCCUACUUAGUGGAUGGAUUACCGAUCAAUCUCAGUGAAGAAGAGUCAUCCUCAGUUCCACGAGGGUUUUCAUCAGCAAUGGAUUCUGCUGCUAAUAAAGCUGGACAAAUCGAUGAUGUUCCUUCGCUUUCGCCCUUCAGGAUAGAGGUAGAUGAAUAAGAAAAUACCCUGCAUAUUACUUAAGAGUUUGUCGUGUGGCCUAUAAAUUAGCAAAUUAUGAUUCAUGGUUGACGCUAUUGCGAUGUAGGACAGCCAUUAUACUUGUAAGAAGAAAGACACAUUUGUUUCCCAAGGAGAAUUAAGUCGUGUAGUUUGUAAUUAAACAGAACAAGCAAUUCACUGUAUUAAUUGUUAGUUUCAAUGUAUAUAUAUAAUUCUUACACAAGCUCUUA